AUGAAGGAAGACUUCAACAUUUAUGGUGAUGUAAUCAUUUUUGACACAACAUAUAGAACUAACAAAUACAAUCUCAUUUGUGCCCCUAUUGUAGGAAUCAACAAUCAUUGGCAAACUGUGAUGUUUGGUUGUGCAUUUAUUGCUGAUGAGAAGAUUGCUACAUUUGAGUGGGUUUUGUCAACUUUUAAGAAGUCUAUGGUAGGAAGUCAGCCCGCCACAAUAUUCACAAAUCAAGACUUGGCAAUGGAAAAAGCAAUUGAAAAGAGAAGUGAGAGUACUAAUAAUGCUGUUGGGUUUAAAGCAAACAAGAACACAAGUCUUUCAGAUUUUUUCAGAAUAUUCAAGCAAACUGUGAAGAGAUGGAGAAAAAAAGAAUCUGAUACAGAUUUCCAGUGUUCAAACUCUGAACCAACAUCAAAUUUCCCCAUGUAUGGACUAUUAAAGCAUGCAUCAGAAACAUACACACAAACAAUAUUUAGAUAUUUUGAGUCAGAAUUCAGCUAUUCAAUGGGAUGCAUAGCACAUCUGCAUGGUCAAUUGGGAGAUCAUUACUUUUAUGAGGUGCAAAUUGAAGAUGAUAUAUCAUCUAGGAAAAAGGUCACAUAUGUCAGUUCAGAAAACAGAGUUGCAUGCUCAUGCAAAAAUUUUGAAGAAGUAGGUUGGCUUUGUUAUCAUUGUAUACGAAUCUUACACCAGCAUUCAGUUACAAAAAUUCUAGAACAUUACAUCUUAGCAAGAUGGACAAAGCUAGCUAAAUCUAAUGUAUGGAAAAAAAAAGAUGAUCAUGAAGCAGAAAAUUCAACAGGAAUACAAAAAUUCAAGCCUUGGCGUCACACAAUGGCAAGAAAGUCCUACAAUCUUAUACUGAAAUAUCAACAUCACAAAGAAACACGGAGCUUCAUUGAGUUACAACUAAAGAAAAUUGAUAAAGAAGCAGAUCUAAUAAAAAGACAGCUAGAACUGCAAGAUGCAGAAAAAGAAGAAGAUGAACAAUCUGUUGAAAUCACAAAAGAACAACAAAAUCAAGAACAAAUACCAAGAGUAAAUGAUCCAGAUCGAGCAAACACAAAAGGAAGAAGCAAAAGAAUCAAGGGACAUUUUGAAAAAGAAAAACAACCAAAAGCAAAGAAAACAAAAGCAAUGCAAACCAAAGCUGACACAAGGGAAUUUGGGACAAUAACACCAGUUAUAAAUCCAAAGUUAUUUUAG